GGCUAAUGCGGAUUUUCUGUGGCUGCUGCUGAGUGUGCAGGCCUGGUAUGCAUUUUGCACUAAAAGAGGGGCCCUGUGCUAUAAAAACACCGUACAAAGGCUCAGCCUCCACAUUGAUUAUACUGGAUCUGUCCCACCUCAGUACAGAGCGCGGUGACUGACAGCAACCAUGAACCCGCAGCAGCAGUUGGAGCAGAGGGGGGAGUUUAGGAUGACUGUGUUCGAGGAGGAGUUCUUCCAGGGCAAGAGUUGUGAGUUCACAUUUGAGUGCCAGAACAUUCUGGACAGAGACUUCAGAAAGAUUCGCUCCAUUAAGGUGGAGAAUGGCCCCUGGGUGGGGUAUGAGUAUCCUGAGUUCCAGGGCCAGCAGUUUAUUCUAGAGAAAGGAGACUUUCCCUGUUACCAGGCCUGGAGUGGCAAUAGCAGUUACAGAACAGAGCAUAUGCUCUCUUUCAGACCUAUUAAAUGUGCUAAUCACAGUGACAGUAAGAUUACCCUCUAUGAGUGUGAAGACUUCAUGGGACGUAAAUUUGAGAUGUGUGAUGACUAUCCCUCCCUCCAAGCCAUGGGUUGGUGCAGCAAGGAAGUUCCCUCAGUUAAAGUCAACUCUGGAGCCUGGGUAGGCUAUCAGUUUCCUGGUUACCGUGGAUAUCAGUACAUCUUUGAGAGAGACAGACGCCAAGGAGAGUACAGAUGCUACAACGAGUACGGCACCCAGGCACACACCAAUCAGAUCCAGUCUAUGCGCAGAAUUCAACAAUAAGACCAAACAACAUUAUGUACCCACCAUGUCAUGCCGUGUCAAUAAAAUAGGCAUUAAAGACAUUAUUUAAAUUAUGGUAAAAGAGUGCCUGUGGCAGUUUCUUGCUUUUUUAAAUAAAACAACUUCCCUGCUUAAA